CUAAACUUCUCAGGGAUGGCGAUUCAAAGUGUCAGACAUUUGUCUUUGCUGAUGGUGAUGUUAGCCWGCAUUUUACUUCUUUUCCUAACUCAGUCACUUUUACCAGAGAACCUAAGCUGGGCAGCUUUCUCAGGACUUAACAAAUUUGAGGGACAAGACAGCUGGAUGAAAUAUGACAAAUUUUUGGAAAAAAUAGGAUUCAACAAUGGUCCAACGACUCCAAUGACAACAAAACCACUUAAUACGACAACCCCUGUUCCCGAGACCCCUAUUCCCAUCAUACUCAAGAAGUCUUUCAAGAAACUUCCUCAGUGGGAUUUUGAGGAUAYUUAUAACCAGGAUGCUCCACCGAGACCAGCAACAUGUGCCCASUCYCUGCGCAACUCCAAGGACGAGGCCUUCCAGAAGACUUUCCUGCCCAACGUGCGCUUGUAUUUGCACAGAGACAACAUCAACAUGAGCGAGUGGAACCGGCUCUCACAUUUCAACAACCCGUUUGGUUUUAUGGAAAUGAAGCAUGACGAGGUAAUGCCUGCAUUGAAGCUGAUCUCAAAGCCAAAGGAGCCGCUGCUCCUUCCAAAACCAGGCGGCGAUGGCUGCGUUCACUGCGCUGUGGUGGGAACCGGAGGCAUCCUCAACGGCUCAAAAAUGGGAGCUGAAAUUGAUGCUCAUGAUUAUGUUUUCCGGAUGAACGGUGCAGCGAUUGAGGGUUAUGAGGAAGAUGUGGGGAACAGGACGUCCGUGUACGUGCACACCUCUUAUUCCAUCUCCUCAUCAGUUUAUUUUUUAAAGAAGUACGGAUAUAAAUCUGCACCGCAUGAUGAGGGCAUAAAGUACGUACUGAUUCCUGAGGGCAUGAGGGACUACAAGUGGCUCGAGGGUCUUAUCCAAACCAACAGAAGCUCCAAACAGAAGAAAGGACCCAUAACUUACUAUUCAGGACAGUUUGAUGAGAACCGCUUCUAUGUUCUGCACCAAGACUUCAUGCGAUACAUACGAAACAGGUUCUUAAAAUCAUGGACUCUGAAUACAACAACCUGGCCAAUUGUCCGACCAUCCAAUGGGGCUUUCACUAUUUUUUUGGCCUUGCACACCUGUGAUACAGUGAGUGCGUAUGGAUUCAUGACUGACGACUACAAAAAGUACUCCAACUACUAUGUUGAAAAGCACCUUAAAACCAAUGUCAUUUUAUACCCCAACCACAAUUACAUUAUGGAGAAGAACCUGUGGAAGACACUCCAUGAUAAAAACAUAAUAAAGCUGUUUCUAAGGACUAAAUCACCAGAAGGAACCAAAAAGCCAAUGCAGAGUUGACGGAUUKGUAGUUUUAGUAACAAGAUCAAGAAUUGAGUCGAUCUGUUUAGCAUUCUUAAAAAAUACAAAACACCAAAUUAUUUUCCAAUAAUGAGCUUUUAGGAACAUUUUUUGAUGAGUGUAUUUGACUGCAGCACUUAAAUGAUAUGGUAAAGUGAAUGUGAAAGGUACAGGUAAACAGUAAUUUUAACAUGAAGUCAUCUGAAUAUAGUCAUUGUGAGAUGAAGUCAAGCCAUGUGGUUUGACAAAAUGCAACAAAAUAAGCUGCAAAAAUGAAGAUGUAUUUAUUUAUUUAUUUUACCUUUGUGCAUAUGUGUUGGACCACUUUCUAAACAASUCUGUCAUCAAAAAUUGUGGUAAGAAAGCAAAUUUUAAAUUGUUUUUAUGUUCAUAUAUAUGUAUACAAAAUCUAGUAAGUUUUAUAAAAUUGUGUGUGGUGAAAUAAAAUUCACUUUUUGUUAUAUUUUGUGCAAAGAAUCACAUUGCAUAUGCCAGAAUUUUAGACUAAAACAUUCUUAUGUUGAAAUGUUAGGUGGAAAUCUUGUGCAGAAUUGCAAGACAUUGCGCUCAGAGUAUUUGUUGGGGAUGACUCUCAGCUACUAUCGUGAAAUGUAAGCUCCGUGGCUGUAAAACUGAUUGAGUUAUUGAAAUUUUUGUGUUGGCUUCUGUAAAUAAGAUGUGGCAGCCAUAAUUGAGKUGUAGGCUUACAUCCAAUUUCAUUCAAAUUGGUCACGUUCAUAAGAUGUUUUGCCAAUAGACGCACUAAAAUGUUGAAGGCACAAAACACUUGAUUGACAUCAAUGAAAGCUCAUUUUUUUGUGUGGGUUUAAUUGUUUUCAGUUUUUGUGUUACAUCAUAUUUAUAUCAUUUUAAAUUGUKGUUGUGUUUAUAUGGACUGAAUGUUCAGUGAUUCUAAAACAAAAAAAAAACGAAAACUGUAUUAAUAGGACAAUAUAGUCAUGUGGGACGCAGAAGUUGGGGAUUCAUUCAUAUAGCCUAUUAGUUUACCAGUCAAAUGUCAAAAUGUCCCCUCAUAUAUAAACUUCAACAAAUAAAUAGCACAAGACUUA